UGUAUUUUAUAUCUAUUUUGUAAUUUGGUCAUUACCGAUCGUCCUGGUCUGACUAUUUUCGAUAGUUUGCAGAUCCAAGAAAGAUUUCAAAAUGCUGAAAUGAGGGUGACAAGCCACCCACCAUUGUGGAGACAACGUAGACAAAUCUCACAAUCUUUUUGUUGAAAAAGGAAAUAUCUGAUUUUUCACAAAUGAUCUGUACUAAUUUUUGUCGGUCAAAUUGUUCAUAUAAAUUAAGUUUACUUUUGAUUUUAAAAAUAAAAGAACUUAAAUUUUUAUACAAAAACAAAAAGUCCCCCAGUGAUGAUAGGCAGACCAAAAUGACUGGAAACAGCCAACCGACAUGCUCCUGGCCGAAGAAAAACAUUCAAAAUAUUUUUAGUAAAUUCUCCCUAAUAAAUUUCUAAGAGGUGGAAGUGUUGUGUGGUGUGAAGUGGUGAAUGUUAAAAAGCGUCUGACAGAGCAAAACAUCAAGGAUAGGCUGAAAAAAUUAUCAGAAAAUACCAAAACUACAGUUGAUCACUCUGCAGAUCCCAAUGAAGAAAUUUCACAACAUUUUUUUAGUCAAUUCUCUUUAAUGAAAUUGUAAGAGGUGGAAGUGUUGUGUGGUGUGAAGUGGUGAAUGUUAAAAAGCGUCUGACAGAGCAAAACAUCAAGGAUAGGCUGAAAAAAUUAUCAAAAAAGACCAAAACUACAGAUUUAUCACUCUGCAGAACCCAUGAAGAAAUUUCACAUUUUUUGUCAAUCCUCUUUAAUAAAUUUGGAAGAGUUGUAUUGGUGUGAAGAUGGUGAAUGUUAACAAGCGUCUAACAGAGCAAAACUGUGGUGACAGCAUGACCAAAAUGAUUUUUAAAAAUAAAUAAAUAAACUACAGGCUGAUCACUCUUCAGAUCCUAUCAAAAAAUUUCACCAUAUUUUUUGGUCAACUCUUGCAUAAAUUUGUAAGAGUUAAAAGAGUUUUCAGUUUGAAGCAACAGGUGAAAAAAUGUCCAACAGACUAGCCCAGCAAAUUACUGAUAGAAUAUUCUACGAAUGGAAGAUACUAUAAGAAUUACUGAUAACAACAAAAUUACAAUAUCAUGGUAGAGAGUAGACCUCCAAACAUUAUCUCAAAAUUUAAAUAAACAACUGUUAAAAUUACAGUAAAUGGAAAUGACAAUUAGGUAUGCCACAAUUGCCAAAAAAGUAAAUCCAACAGAUGAUGGGUUAUCAAUAAGCCCUCUGUUCAAUAGGAAUCUUUUGCAGGACAGAAGCUUACAAAAGAUUCAAAGACCAUCAUAAAAUCUAAAUGCAGUAUUACUAAGCCUAGGAUGUGUUCAGGCUACAAUGAUAGUAGGGCUGCUAAACUCCAGAUGCACAUAGACUUCUAGUACCACGGUACCCAUUAGAUAUCACUACUGUUUCUGGAAUGGUCUCGCCCUCCACUCUACAGUAAAUCAGAGCCAGAGCGUAUAUACCCCACUGGCUUCAGAUGUUCAGACUCGUCAACCCGACAAGGUCUCACUCAUACCUUGAGACUCGUCUACCUAACGAGCUCUCACCAAUCAUUAAUCGACAACAACAGCAGACUCAUCUCUCCGACAAGUUCUUGCUUAUCACUAAUGAAGCACCUACAACAAUGGCAAGAAUACUCUCAGCGUUAGCCUCAAACUCGUCUUCUCAACUUAGCCGACUUGUCUACAGGCAAACCAUUGUACUCGGCCAACUGCUGUACCAGACCCUUCAACCAAUGUAAAAUCAGCCGACUCACGGUCCCGGCCUCGAUACAUCGUCUCAACAACACUGGCCCUUGUCAGGGACAUAAAAACUACUCCCAGUCACUAAGACUCAGCAGCAGUAACAAACCUCUUCUGACAUUGCCAGGAAGAAGUUGAAUCAGAGAUGUCCUCUGUUAUAAAGGCCUAUGUAUGCUAAAAUUCCAACUGGGAGAGGAAAAGCCAAGGUCUGAUGGAAAUAGGAGCCCUUAACAAAUCUUAAGAAUUUGGUAAAAAGCAGAGACCAGGUCCUUUUUAACCCUUAACCUUUUAGUGGUUUACAUAAGUAUUCAGCCUGUUGUUGCCAUUGAAACAAUUGGGGCCAGUGUGUCUAUCAGGUAGUUUAAAUUAAUGUAGGAAACCUAUAAUUCUUUGAAAAACAAAAAAUGUAUAAGGAGAUUAAAGAGAAAUUUUCAGUGUUUUUAACACUAUUAGCGGAAUGGAUCGACAUUGAAUCUUCACUUGUUAUAUUGUAUCACUUGAAUUUCCUGUGGGUUUACAACUUUUAUAAAAUAAAAUUAAUGUUGUACUGUUUUAUAAUCAUUUCAUGGGAGUAUCCGGAAGAAUCUCUUAGAAUGCAGGUUAUUGAAGAAUUUUGUAGUUUGGCCGUUCUGAUCAUUUCCUGACUAUGAUAGCAGUUUUGCCUUUUCGGUUUCUCGGCAUCUUCAGACGUUCUUACAAACCAAGAAGUUUCUUUGUGAAAGGUCGUAAGACUGCUAGAAACCGAAGAGCAGACCUGGCCAAACCAGCGUGGAGAGGCGGACCGGAAACGACCCAACAGAUUUUUAUCCCAGCAGGAUCAAGGAAGAAAUCUCAAAAUUAAAAAAAAUCUUGAUCUACUCGAGCGUACAGCAGUAAAUGGGACAAAACUAAUAGCUAUUUAAGUCGAGUUAUUUUUUUCCUCGGGGGGGGGGGGAAUGGCUUAAAACAACGCGGGUCGAGAAAUGCGCAUUGACGAUAUUCACUUCUCAGGAUCAUGUAUAAAGCAGAAACAAUCGGUUUUGGUUUAAAUUUUCUUUUCUUUUUUUAGAAUUAGCAAUAGACUUUUUUUAUGUUUCGUUAGAUAGAAAAUAUUGGUUUCAUUUAGCAAUGGAAGCUUACUUUUUGUUUUAUUAUUUUAACUGCGAAGGAAAAGAUAAAUUUUGAUUCAUUCGUUAUUCGAGGUAAAAAUCGGUUUUUUGACAGAACUACGGCAGUGGCGCCCUGGACGAAUCUUUCGUACGUCGUAGUUCACCGUGGAGCCGUAGAACUUCUACGGUAGAACCUGUUCAAUUGACCCAUUUUCUAUGAUAGGGCUCGUCUUGUUUACUGUGAGUGUCUCACUCCGGGUGGAAUAAAAAACAAUGGGAAAAACGGCGAAAAUCGUCGUCUGCGGGAAAAAAGGAGUCGGGAAAACUUCCAUCCUCGAACAAGCUAUUUAUGGAAAAUUGACAAAAGACACUUUCCUUCAUUCCACAAUCGAGGACAUUUAUGUUGCAAAUAUUGAAACUGAGAGGGGCGUAAAAGAGCAUUUAAGGUUUUACGACACUGGGAGUGAUAUGAUGCGAAAUAUCAAUUUUUUCCACGCCGACGGGUUUAUUCUUGUAUUCGACCCAUCGAAAGCAGACACUCUGGAUUUCAUUAUGUCAAUAAAAAAAGAGAUUGACCGCAACAAAGAAAGAAAAGAGGUUAUCAUCACCGUUAUGGCGAACCAUGGCCCUCAAGGUGCCGAUCCAUCCACAUUCCAAAGGGCUCAGCAUUGGGCAAUGCGGGAAAAAAUCAAAAUAUAUGAAGUCUCGGCGAUGGACAGGAACUCCCUCUACGAAUCGUUCGUCCAACUUGCUUCCCGUUUGAACCAGCAAGUUGCGAAAUCCAGCUUUGGACAGUUAGCAAUGAGAAAACGAGACUGACAAACAACCUUCUACCUAUCUGCUGAUAGCAUUUCAUAAAAUGACAACUUAAAAAAAAUUUAAAUUAAAUGGGUUGAAAGUUUUUAAUGGAAUUGGCAGAUAAGUAGCCAGGUAAUGUUUUUUGCCUGUGUGAGGCAUUUGAUUUUUUUUGUAAUGUAAACUGUUUAAAGUAUGCUCAAAUUAUGUUUACUUUUUAAAUGUGUAUGAAGUUGAACAUAGCCAAACACAAAUAAUAUUUAUUUAUGUAAUAAUCAAACAAGCGGUGUAUGAUUUGAUAUUUCCAAGUGCCAUGGGUAAAUACUUUUAGGAAUAAUGAAUUUUCCGUUGUUAUUGUGUUCAUUUAUUGUUUGUGUUAUAACAGGCAAUGCUAUUUGUUAAUGUGUGGUGAUUAGUGACUG